AUGAACUCUCUGGCUCUUUAUGACUACUGUUUUUGUAAGACUCUCGCGAUCGGUCCUAGUGGCAAUGAAAAUGCUAUGGAAUUUGCAAAGUACAUUUCGAGGGAAUUUUCGGAGUGGGACAAGUACCCUGCUCGAGUGAAGGCUGAUAGUUAUGCUGGUAUACUAGGGUAUGAUGACAAGAACACCACAUGGACCUUCCCUGAGUGUAAGGUGCUCAACGAGAUGGAGUCCCGGCCUAUCGUCACGAGUAGUCUAGGAGAUCCCGAUGGUGUGGUACGGGCAAGGGACUAUGGCUCUUAUACCAAAACCAGGGUUACUCAGUCGACACAGAAUGACCGAAUAUGUGCAUAUAUAGACUUGGAAGAUCUAGAGAAGCCGAUUAUUAGGAGUAAUGGUACCGUGAAUACUAAGUAUGCUCGAUACGAUACGUUGUGGUGGGGUGAAAAUGAUAGGAUUCAACGUGGAGACCCCAAGGAUGAUGGACCGGAGUAUUAUGCCGAUAUGGGAUUUGCUCUUAUACAAGCAGUUAUUGACGACUUUAAGGAGCCUGAUAAUAGUAGCAUCUAUUUGGGGCAAUUCCCCAUGCCAUAUUCCUCAUACACCACAGUAGCUGCUGGGGAGGCUUUCCAAGGCUUGUCUAGUAUGUUUGGUGUACUCUUUUAUAUGUUCCCUUGCUUUGCUGUGGCGCGUAAACUCAUCGCGGAAAGGUCUGGAAGGCUGAGGGAAGGUAUGCGUGUUAUGGGCCUAAAAGACUACCCCUACAUCAUGUCGUGGUAUUUAUGGUAUUUUGCAUUCUAUUUUGUCAUAUCUCUCAUAGUAUUCCUAUUCUCAUUAUGGAUGCUACCCAUUACUGGCUCACUCUGGCUCUUCCUCUUAACAUUCCUAGACCAGCUUUCAUCCAUGGCAUUUACGUUCGCAGUUUCUACUCUGUUUUCUAGCCCUAAUUCUGGCGCGGUUUUCACGUGUGCUAUAUACUAUAUCCUUGCAUUCACCCUUGCCCUAUUUGGUCGUGAAGAUUCCCUCUGGGGCAUUUCCCUUUUACCCCAGUGCAACUUCACUAUGGUCUGUAAUAACAUUGGUUAUCAAUUCGGAAUUGGUAUCACGAAUAUCUCCGCCAACGUAGUGAAUCAUGGCUUCACGCUCACUAUGGGAGUAGUGAUGCUAAUUGUUGGAUUUGUGGUAUGGUCUUUGGUGUACCUUUAUCUGGAUCAGGUGUAUCCUCAUGAGAAUGUCGCUACGAGGAAAUGGUACUUUCCCGUCCAGAUGAGUUAUUGGAGGGAAAUACUCGGUCACGAGGAGAUUUCAAAAGCGCGUGGUAGUACUACUGAGGAAGGGGAGGAGCCUGAUGAUAUGAGCGGCAUUGAACGGGCCUGGGAUCAGCAGCAACUCGAGUUACUCAGGGAGGGCCAAACUGUGGAUAUACAUAACUUGAAAGUAGGUUACGGGCAUGUGAGCAUAAAUGCUGUUAACGGGUUGUAUCUGGAAAUGUUCCGUGAUGAGUUAUUCGUGCUUCUCGGGCACAACGGUGCUGGUAAAUCUACUACUAUCAAUGUACUCUCUGGAAUGUUGACGCCGACUAGCGGGGAUGUCCGAAUAUUCAACCAUAGAGUGCCUGAGGACAUGCCUCUCAUACGUCGUAGUAUGGGAGUAUGUCUACAACAUAACGUCCUAUGGGGGGACCUUACUGUGAAGGAGCAUCUAGAUCUAUUUGCUCGGAUAAGGGGUCUCAGCACGGAGGGCUCUGAAAAGUUAGCAGAGGAGGUUGGACUUGGGAUGAAAUACAACGCCAAAGCCAAGACCCUUUCUGGUGGCAUGCAAAGAAAGUUGUCAGUUGGUGUGGCGUUCGUUGGCAAUCCCAAGGUGGUCAUACUAGAUGAGCCUUCUAGUGGUAUGGACCCCAGCGCUCGUCGUAGCAUGUGGGAUUUCCUACGGACCAAACGAGAAGGUCGAAUUAUGUGCGUUACUACACACUACAUGGACGAGGCUGAUAUCCUCGCUGACCGAGUUGGUAUCAUCGGCAAUGGGAAACUCCUGGCUUAUGGUUCCACAAGCUUCCUAAAGCGUCACUAUGGUAGCGGGUACAAUGUAACGAUUGCUAAAACAGUAGAGAGUGUUCCCGACGAGCCCAUACUCAAGUGUGUUAAGGGGCAUUUGAGCGACGAAUAUCCGGUCACAGUAGUGUCGAGUAUUGGCCUUGAGCUCGGUUUGCGAAUACCCUUUGAGGCUGUUGAUGAGUUUGGGCCUAUGUUCAAGACUCUGGAUGCUGAGAAGGGCUCGCUAGGGAUAUCGUCCUAUGGUGUUUCGGUCACCAAUCUUGAGGAGGUGUUCUUGAAGGUAAGGGAGCUCGCGUUGAUAUGA